AUGGCGACAAACGGCGAGUCUUCUGCUGCGACCCCGUCCGCGGGCGGCAGUAACAACUCUGGCCAGGACCGUAAGAAGCGCUUCGGGGGUUCUCGAUUCAGCAGCAACAACCAGCGCAACAAGGGCCGCGGCGGGAAGUCGUCGAAUGGCAAACGAGGCGAGAAGCCUGAGGGCACCAGCGACUGGCGAGAGUACAAGCGACGCAAGGUAGACUCCGCGGGCGAGGUCAUCGAGGCAAAGAACCCCUUCUCCAAGGACGAGAUCGCGGCCGAGGAGCGGCGGCCGAAGCGCAAGGUGGCCGUCAUGAUCGGCUACAGCGGCACGGGGUACAAGGGCAUGCAGGUCAACGGCGACGAGCCCACGAUCGAGAGGGACCUCUUCCAGGCGUUCAUCAAGGCCGGCGCCAUCUCCAAGGCCAACGCCGACGACCCGCGCAAGUCGAGUCUGGCCCGGUGCGCGCGCACGGACAAGGGCGUCCACGCCGCCGGCAACGUCAUCAGCCUGAAGCUCAUCAUCGAGGACGAGGACAUCGUGGACAAGAUCAACGAGGCGCUGCCGGCGCAGAUCCGCAUCUGGGGCAUCCAGCGCACCAACAACAGCUUCAACUGCUACCAGUACUGCGACUCGCGAUUCUACGAGUACCUGCUGCCCAGCUACUGCCUGCUGCCGCCGCACCCGCAGACCUUCCUGGGCCAGAAGCUCGUCGAGCUGAACAAGGAGUACGGCUACGAGGACGAGUGCAACGCCAGCAUGGCCGACGUCAAGGACUUUUGGGCAGAGGUGGAGGAGAACGACAUCAAGCCGAUCCUCGCCAAGCUGGACCCCGAGGUCCGUGCGGCCGUGUUGGAGCGCAUACACUCGAUGGACGACCCCGAAGCCGAGAAGGAGGAGGCGGCCAAGCAGGCCAAGAGCGACGAACCCGCCGCUCAGGAGGCCGAAGCUGCGACCACCGCGGACGGCGAGGCGAAGCCAGCCGCCGCAGAGAACCCCGUCAUCCUGACGAGCGCCAAGCCCAAGGGCCGCGAGCUCGGCCCCGUCGACUUUGCGCUGCGCGACAUCAAGGCGGCGUACAUCAACGCCAAGCGCAACUACCGCGUGACGCCCGCGCGGCGCGAGCGGCUGCAGGCGACGCUCGACAAGUACACGGGCACGCGCAACUUCCACAACUACACGGUGCAGAAGCCGUUUUCCGACCCGUCGGCGAAGCGGACCAUCAAGUCGUUCCGGGUGAACCCGACGCCCGUCAUCAUCAACAACACCGAAUGGCUGUCGCUCAAGGUGCACGGGCAGAGCUUCAUGAUGCACCAGAUCCGCAAGAUGGUCGGGCUGGCGAGCCUGGUGGUGCGCUGCGGUACGCCGGCGGGCCGCGUCGAGGAGAGCUACCGCGACAACCGCAUGGCGAUCCCCAAGGCGCCCGGGCUCGGCCUGCUGCUGGAGCACCCGGUGUUUGAGAACUACAACCGCCGCGCGACGGACAACCUGGGCCGCGCGGAGAUUGACUUUGGCCGGUACGAGGCGGAGAUGGGCGCGUUCAAGGACCGCGAGAUUUACCAGCGCAUCUUUGACGUCGAGGAGAAGGAAAAUACUUUCCACGCCUUCUUCAACCAGAUUGACCAGUUCAAGGCGAACCACUUCCUGUGGCUGACGGCAGGCGGUCUCAAGGUGGCCGAGAUUGCGAGGGAGGAGAGCGGCAAGGCGGAGGAGAGCCUGGACAAGCAGCUGGGCGACGAGGACGAGGAGGACCCCGACGGCGGCCAGGGCUAG